UGUUUAUUUUGCUCAUUUCGUUUUGUUCGCUAUUUUUGAGUUGGUAUGGCAGCUCUUUUCACAUUUUGUUGUGGCGGACUCUGGCAAUAAAGUUGAAAAGAAAUUUAAAUUGUUUUGAAAUGUCGCUUAAACGUAAAUUUAGUGCUUUAUGGAAUCACUUCGUUGCCAUAGAUGACAAAAAAGCAAAGUGCAAGUACUGCAAGUCGGAUUUGAGUAUAGCCGGAGGUUCACAGAGCAAUUUAACACGGCAUUUGAAGUUGAAACACCCAGCUUCUCUCGAUGAAAUUGAACGACAAGGAAGUACUGAAGCCAGUUAUUCUGCCGCCACAACAUCGCAGCAAGAAAUAACUGCAUUUGUUCAGAAGCCACCGACAGCGCGUAAAAGUGAGCAAUUAGACAAACAGUUAGUGUGAAUGAUUUCCAAAGGCCAUCAUGCUCUCCGGAUCGUGGAGGAGCCGGAUUUUAAGAAGCUGAUAGAGGACGUUUCAAAUUGCCCUGGAUAUAAGUUGCCAACACGUAAAACGCUGUCUAAUGUGCUACUUCCAAAUAUACACAGUGAGUUAAUUGCCAAUGUGAAAGAGAAGAUAGCAUCUGCAUCUGGAAUUUGUCUCACAACUGAUGGAUGGACAUCGCUCACCAAUGAGAGUUACAUAGCUGUAACCGCACACUUCAUAGACAAGACGAAUAUGGAACUAUCUUCGCAUAUGCUAGCUUGUGAAGCGUUCGGUGAGAGGCACACAAGCCUCAAUCUUUGCUCUUUUCUUCAGAGUGUUGCAGCUGAUUGGAAAAUUGAAGAUAAAAUUACUGCAAUUGCAUCAGACAAUGCUGCCAAUAUCGUAUCAGCGAUAAAAUUGGGAAAUUGGCGCCAUAUUCCAAGCUUUGCCCACACUUUAAACAUCAUUGUACAGAAAGCACUGGGACCAAUUGACAGUGUAAGGGUCAAAGCAAAGCCAAUUGUAGAAUUUUUCAAUCGCAGCUCAUCCGGAUUCAAGAAGCUCAAAGAAAUGAAUAGCCAAUUAAAUCUUCCCGACCUUAAGCUGACACAAGAUGUGCCUACACGUUGGAACUCAACAUACAAAAUGUUUCAGCGCUUGUCUAUUUUAAAAGAUGGAGUUAUGGUGGUCAUUUCCCUUCUACGCCCUGAACUAGUACUGACCAAGGCAGAAUGGGAAAUUAUUGAUGGUGUAUUGCCAGUGCUGAAGCCAUUUUCUGAAAUAACAACUGAAAUUUCAGCAGAGAAAAAUGUCACCUUAUCAAAGGUUGUUAUAAUGGCCACAUUGCUGCAUCAAUCCAUAGCCAAAGCUAUUCCAAAAGAUGAUUUUCUACGGGCAGUCGUAGAAAAACUCAAAGAGCAGUUGACCGUACGUUUUGGGGAUUUGGAAAAUAAUAUUUUGUAUGCAGAGAGCACCAUACUAGACCCAAGAUUUAAAAAACGGGGUUUUAGGUCCGAUGAAUGCUAUGAAAAAACAGUUGCAGCUAUACAAUGUAAGAUCGCUCAAACGGGAUUGGUUGAUAAUGUUGCUGAUGAUCUGUCUUCACAAAUCGAAACCGUCAAAACGUCGCCAACCAAAAUUGGCAUUUGGGACGAGUAUGACAAGCAGUAUAACCAAAUAACAAAGCCAAGCUGUAACACGGCUGCUGCCAUUAGAGAGGUAGAUAAAUACCUAGCAGAAGAGAACAUCAAUAGAAAGCAUGACCCUUUGAUCUGGUGGACACAGCGAAAAAAUGUAUAUCCACGACUAUACGAAUAUGCGUUGAAACGUCUUUGUUUGGUGGCCACGUCGGUGCCAUGUGAGCGCCUAUUUUCUGCAGCAGGAGAAAUAGUCCGCAAAAGACGAACGCUUUUGACGCCCAAUAAGGUUGAAAGCCUUAUGUUUUUACAUAAUAAUAUGUGAAAUACUUAAAAAUGCCCCGACUUCUAAAACAUAAAAAAUGGAAAACGAGAUACUUAAUUGAAACUGUUGGUUGUGUCCUAACGAUAUCAAGUACUAAGUACGAAUUAAAAUAAAUUUAAGAAGUUAAAACGUCAAUGAAUUGUAGUGCAUUAUUUACAUAUAAGCUUAAAACUAGAUAUGAGACUUUAAAAUUGAACUAAGAACAAAAAGACCGAUAAACAAAACAGGCCAAAGAACAAAAAAGAACGAACUAAAGGGACAAUGAAAAAAAAGAACGAUGAACAAAAAAGAACGAACGGAAAAGAACGAUGAACAAAAAAGAACGAUGAACGAAAAAGAACGAAUAAGAUGAACAAAAAGGAACGAACUAAAAGAACGACUUAGUUCACUGCAUAAAAAUGAACGAACGAACUUAUUCAGUAAAUUGAACGAUUUUUACCCAACACUAGUG